AUGCCUCGAGAAAUGCGCAAGGAAAUGCUCAACACUGUGCAUGAGUGUCACCUCGGGAUGGAGAAAUGCAAAACCAGGGCGCGUAACACCAUCUACUGGUCUGGAAUGUCAUCAGCAAUCAAAGAUUUCAUAGCAAGAUGCAAAACGUGCAACCGUUUCAAGAAGAGACAGCAGAAGGAACCGCUAAUUCCACAUGAUGUACCAGACAGACCGUGGAAAAAACUCGGUAUGGACUUGUUUGAGUAUGGGGCAAAAGACUAUCUUGUUGUAGUAGACUACUACUCCAAGUUCCCUGAAAUCAGCCUACUCGAGAGAAAAACCGCGAGUGAGGUGAUCACGCAUCUCAAGUCCAUCCUCGCGAGGCACGGGAUACCGGAAACGAUUGUAUCUGACAAUCAACCGUUUAGCUCCCGUGAGUUCAAAGACUUUGCUAGGAAAUGGGACAUUGAACUAUGUACCUCAAGCCCAACCUACCCCCAGUCAAACGGACUCAGUGAGCGGGCUGUACAAACAGUUAAAGGGAUAGUUUACUCAAUCAUUCAGUCUUGCAAACAUAGUUAUACAUGGUACAAUUAG